ACUGCAGUGAAUAAUUCUAGCUAUAUUUAAUGGAACAUGUCAAAGUCCAAAGAUCACAAUGAAGAACGCGAUACAAACCUAGACACCUACUACCAAGAGACCCUGAACGAGACGAAAUCAUAUAUUCUGCGAUUAAAAGAUGUCCAAACAGCUCAGACAUGCAGAAAGUGGAUUGAAAGGCUGAAUUACGCAGGUGACCAACGAGCAGUGAGGAAUCAGUACCUUGGAGAAUUGUAUCAGAGAUUAAAGGUUGGAAGAAUUGAGGGGGUGUUCAGCAGAGCCCCAGCUAGGGGUCCACUGCCUCCAAUACCUUAUCAAGAGCCAACAAUGACUGAACGGGAUUCCUCUAGCGACAGUUCUGUGUCCAUACAACUGCCUCCCCCCCGCAUACACCCCUGCCAAAAAUGUAGACAGCCGCACAGAACAGAAUCAGCUACUCAACAUGAAGAAGAUGAAACAGACGAAACAAUCUGUCAAGAUAAUAGAUCUGACUUAUCACUGAAAGCUCUUGAUGACAAACCGUCUAGAAUAGAGUUGCAUGCCUGCAAGCAGAGGAUAGACGAGUUAACUAAUGUCGUUAGAAACUUCCAAAACCAAAAUGAAUACUUGAACCAAGAACUAUUCAAGAGGCAAGGAUAUGCAGAUAUUGAUGAAUUGCAUCAUCUCCGAGCGGUCGUUAAGCAGAAAAAUGUGGAGAUCAACGAUUGGAAAUCUAGGCUUGUGAAAGUGCAGCACAUGAAAGACGAUCUCGAAGAGUGUCACGAAGAGAUUAUCCAUCGCUUUAAGGUUGCAAUCAACGAGCAGUGCGAGAAGUUCAAGAGAAAAUUGCAGCAGGAGGAAAUGAAGAGUGAAAAACUACAGCAGGAAGUUGAUGAUUUGACGCAAAAAGUGAAGAAAGCUUCCCAGGAAAAGGAAGAAGAAUUAAUGUUGAAGCAAAAGAAUUAUGAAGAAUUACUCGAUAGUAAAGGAAGAGAAUUUGACUCGAAAUAUAAAAAUCUAGAGGCAAUCAAUCGCGAUUUGAAGAGGAAAAAUGAAACUAGCGAGAAAAAUAUUCUUCUGCUGAAUAAUAGACUUCAAGAGCUGGAAAAUAAAUUACAAUUAAAGACUGACGAGGAAGUGAAGUUGCAGUCGUUAAUGAGUGAACAAUGCUUAACUAUGAGAGAAGAGUUCACAAAAAUUAGGAACGAGAUGGAGGCAGCAAAUCAGCUACAAAAUCAAGUGCUUACUCAGAAGGUGUCUAGCUUGAAGAAAAGCCUUCUGAAGCUUGAAAAAUCGAAACAAAAGAUCAUUCUGGAGUUGAAGCAGAAGAUGUUUGAGAUAGAGAAAAGUAAAGAAAUAGAGAUGAAAGCAAUGGAACUACAGCUUCAAGAGCAGCGUAACGAGCUAUCAACUUCCCUGAGUACUGAGAAGCAAUGCGAAUUGGACAGUCUGGUGAAUAUGUUGGAGGAGAGAUACAAAGGAUUUGUGGCGUCAACAGAAGCAAUGGCCGAUAGCCAACGCCAAAAAUAUCUUCAAAAGAUGACCGAACUAGAAGACCAGUUGUCUUGCUUAAAGAGUACACUGACAACCGAUGGCACUUACGUGUAAUAGAAUACUUAAUAGAAACACGGAUAGAACUACACAUUUUGUUUCACAAAAAUGUCUCGAAAAACUGUAAACACUAACUAAUAAUAA